GAAAUUGGAAUCCAUCAUGUAGCAACACGAACAGUUGGAAUUUUCACACUUGUUUCCAAGUAACCAAGAAUUGAAUAGCAACACAUUUAAAAAAGAAAUUCACUGACCAGUUAUUUUGAAAAAUGGCCUCAUUUGUUUUCCGUUUUUUGUGUGUGACUCUGUUGUUCUGGCCCUCUCAGAGCUGCUUCCAGUGCUUUGUGGCUCCGCAAGACACUCUUCGUCUAUGCUGGGGUCACGUUUUAAUUCAGUCCAACGCUAAGAACGUUGAUGCGUGUUACAGGAAAGUGGACCGCAUUUUUAAUAACAACGAGAAGAUGAUGGAGGCUGCCAGAGUAGGUGGAGGCUUCGACAAGAAGCUGAAGGAGAUUCUACUAGCAGACAUAAUGCCCAUGGUGCAAGAGUUUGAUCAGAAGCUGAACAGUGAGACAGUGUAUGAGCAAAGGUUUCAGACAGCAGCAGACAAUUUCAUCGCAGCUGCCUCCAAACUGCCUAGAGCCUCGGGGUGUUUCCCUCCAUGCGGUUAUCAGAGUGCAGGUGCCGUGUACAACUGUGAGACCUGCUCGUACGACUCCUGUGAGUUUCCUCUCGACUGUCCAGUGGAAGAAAUUGAAGUAAUGGAGAACAGCAGGAGCCGGCUGUGGUGCGAUGUGCCGUUUGACCUGCCAGCUGAUAUUGAGGUGAUCUGGAGGUUUGCAGAGGGGCAGCUGGAGGAGUUUAAAGAAGUGACUGUAGGAGUGGACCGGCUCUACUCCAUCCCCUCAACCAGCUCACAGCAUCAGGGCACUUACCAGUGUGAGAUUUACACCGGCCGCCUCUCCAUCGUCAGACUGUACUUCUACAUCACAGUGACCCCCCAGGCUGUGGUGGGCCACACAGAGCUGCAGGAGAUAUUUGACCUGUCUCUGCUCCCAGGAGGGCAGUUACGCCCUGCGCCUGAAGGUUCUCCCGACUCCAUCCUCCCUCGUCUCUCGUUUCUUCUCAUCGCCUGUUUAACCUGUUCACUGCUGCUACUCUUCCUCUCUCUGGGGACUUUAAUUUGGUCGUUCAUACCAGAAAAGGAGGUUGUGAUCGCAAAUGAGGAGGAGGAUUCAGUGUUGUGAGACACGCAGUCCUGUGCGUUAAAGGCAUCCCAUCAAGCACUGGGGCAGAGUUAUUACAGAAAGCCGGUGAAAAACUCCUUUCACCACUGGAGGACAGCAUACACACGAGUAAAAACCAAGACUCUGUCGUGA